UGGGAUACCGCGUCGACAUUCUCCGAGCUACCAAGGGAGCACACGUUGAGCUUUACUAACGUAACCCUCUGACAUGACCGACGCGGAGCAGUACGUGUCGGCGAGCGCCGGGCAGCGCCAGUUCGCAGCCCAGGUGCUGGACCAGCUCUGCUCCAGCCUGGACUGGUCCCACCGGCUGGAGCGUCCAGAGUCCAGCGGUCUCCCUGUGCUGGACGUGGGCUGCGGCCCUGGAGACGCCACGGUGCUGGAACUGCUGCCACGCCUGCCCUUCGGCGUCCGCGUCGUCGCCGCGGACUCUUCCCCUGACAUGCUGCGCAAAGCCGCUUCGAAGUUCCCCGAGUCAGCAGUCGACUUCCAGCUUCUCGACAUCGGCACGCCGUACCUCCGGGAGUCCGAGGUGUGGCGACUGGGGCCCUACUCCAAGGUCUUCUCAUUCUUCUGCCUGCACUGGGUGCCAGAUCAGAGGACUGCGCUGUCCAACAUUUGCGACCUGCUUGCCCCUGGAGGUGACGCCGUGCUGGUCAUGGUCGGCCGUUGCCAGAUCUUCGACGCGUACGAGCAGUUCUCCAAAAUGCCGCAGUGGGCCGAAUACAUGCAGGACUACAAGAAUUUCGUGUCGCCGUACCAUCUCCAGCUCGACCGCGUGCAGCACCUGAGGAGCUUGCUGAUUGAGAGCGGCCUCACAGUGAAGACGUGUCGUGAGGAGAAUGACUUCGCCUUCUCCUCCCCACACCAGCACGAGAUUACAGACUCCUUGAAGGCGGUGAUCCCGUUCACGGUGAGAAUGCCUGCAGCAGUGCGAGAGACCUACCUCCAGGAGAUGGUUAGUGCUUGCUACGCCAACGGGACCCUCAGCGUCGAACGUGGGGUCGGUACCGGUGGAGCAGACCUGCAUCGUUGGAACUUCAGCGUAUUGGUAGCGCACGCCGUGAAAACUGACUAGCAAAGGCACCAAAGUGCCUAGGUGGGCUCGGGUAGAGAACAUUUUACUGUUCUGUACCCUGUAUAGCACAAGUGUGUCAAGGGUAUUUACACGUACUGGUAUUUGGGUAAUCUGUGUCUUUCACAGUAUACUAAACUUGCAUUUAAACUUUUUAGAUUUAGGUUCUGGUAUUACUAAUACAUCUGCAUCCUACCCACUGAUCGUCUUCCGAAAGCUGUAUGGUAUACAACUCGUUGGAAGCCUACUCUCCGACAAACCCAAAACACAUCGCUUCCAUCGUUUUUGUGCUGUGCAACUUUCCCUAUUGUAGAUUCGACAUCUAAUUCUGCCCAUAAGUAAAUAGUUUACCUUCUGUGCUACAACCAACUCCAGAUCUGAGGAAUGUCAUUUGUGAUAUUCCCAAUUGCAAGAAAUCUUUUUUUCUUGGAGCACAACAUUUUGCUCCAUAUAGGUUGCAAACUACUGUUACUUUAAAAGAUUUCACAUGUGUCUCGUUCUUUGCUUUCCCCUUGAGUAUUCUUGCAAUUGUUCCUCAUAUUAGCUGACAGGUGUAUGUUUGAAUUUUUCUCUUCAUAGAUUAUGUCACAGCCAAAGUACUGGAAAUCAUAGGUAUGUUCCAAUGUUCUGCCUACUGAUGCAGGUUUUUGAUCUCAUUGAUUUUCUUCCUACAAAGACCAUAACCUUAAUUUCAGUUGUUCAAAUCUUUUAAUUAUAUGUAGGGCUAAGGCAUGUAGCUUACAUUGGGCCCUCUUUAGUUUGUCUUCACAUUCUUGAAUGAUUACUUGGCCUUCAGCAUUAAUUAUUCGUGUAUCAUUGCUUCCUAAUUUGAUUCCCAAAGGAACAUACAUGUCUGUUGAUGUUCUGGGUAUGUCUCCAAGUUGAAAUCUCUUUUCUUUAAAUUAUCUGUUUUAUUAUAGUGCUGUGACCCGCUCAUUAGCUCCCAUGCGCCAACGCAAAGUUCAGUGAUGUGUAGUGUAUGGCAUGGUACAGUGUUCUUAACCAGCAAAUCGCAGCUCUCUGAGCAGUUCUACGCCCAGCCGCCAGGAAUGCUGUGUUCUUUAUGCCUUUAUAUGUUUUCUAUGUGUUGUGUUUAUUUCCUGUUUUUGUGAACUUGUUGGUAGUAUAUGCUCCUUUCCAACUUUCUGUUACGUAAUACCGAGUUGUAGGCUGUAAUCAACUCCUUUUUAUGACAAGAAUUAGAGUUAGAAUUAUGGCAUUUCUGUUCUGUCUACGUUUAAGAGGGAUGUCUGACGGGCGCUUCUAAUAACGUUACAAAGAAUUGGUUGAAGCGUCAUUCACUUAGUCGCUACAAACACAUCAAGCAAAUGUUGAUUAGCCAGAAGUAGAGCUGAAUUCAACAGUAAAAAUAUUCUCACUAUGAAUUCUCCU